CCAUCCAAUCUCAUAGUGUUGGGACUCUCCAGCCGCCAUCUAAUCUCAUUAGUGCGCAUCACCAUAAUUUGUAUCGCAUCACGUAUGAGCCCCUGAAGUUAGGUUUAGGUUAAAAAAGAAUUCACUCAAGCUUCCCUGAAGGCCUGAACUUUCUUCCCGUUACUUUCAUCGACUCUGAAUAGAGAGUCAUACUAGACGAACAAACCCUAACUUCUUUUCAUCGCGUGUUUAGGUUUCUCCUGUGCUCUCAGCAUGUCGGGAGAAGAGGAUGAAAAUGCUGCUGAGCUGAAAAUUGGAGAUGAGUUUUUGAAGGCUAAAUGUCUAAUGAACUGUGAAGUUGCCUUAAUUCUUGAACAUAAGUAUGAGCAGCUUCAGCAGAGGUCUGAGGAUCCAAUGAAUCAAGUUUCUCAAGUAUUUGAGAAGUCACUGCAGUAUGUGAAGCGCUUUAGCCGUUAUAAAAAUCCUGAUGCUGUCAGACAAGUUCGAGAAAUUCUUAGUAGAUACCAGUUGGCUGAAUUUGAGCUUUGUGUUCUUGGAAACCUUUGCCCUGAAACUGUGGAGGAAGCUAUUGCUAUGGUCCCAUCUAUCAAGAGCCGAGGACGUGCCCAUGAAGACGAGGCAAUUGAGAAAAUGUUGAAUGACCUAUCCCUAAUUAAGAAAUUUGAGUAGCAGCAGCAUUUUAUGCCGAAUGUAUGUGAAUCAUGCAGUGAUUAAUAUGUAUAAAUUGCUGUUUUAUACUAAAAACUAUACUGAGUAAGAGUCUGGCACAUUUCUUUGUAAUGAUUUUGCAUGGAGCUUAUUUCAUGGUACCCUAAUAUAGUAGCUACUACUAAAGUGAAUAUAUUAUAGUAGAUUUGAGUUUGCAGUUA